CGAACGAGAUCAGACAAGCUACGUGAACACUUCCGGGAUUCUAUUGGCGGGGAAAAGGGAAGCCCUCACGCUGACCGGUGCCUUUUUCUCGUCCUCGCAAUGGAACUGUCUUUCCAGGCUAGUUAGUUUGAGGAGAACUACACUCCCCAGUGGGCUUUGCGCAUAGUGGCGAGAGCAGUGUUCUUCCCAGAGGGCGGUAGGGUUCGCGCCGCAGGAGGCUGUGGGCCUUCUCAGCAGCCCGUUGCCCCGCCGUGGGGAUGAUCCACGAAUUGCUCUUGGCGCUGAGCGGGUACCCGGGUGCCAUCUUCACCUGGAACAAGCGGAGCGGCCUCCAGGUGUCACAAGACUUUCCAUUUCUCCAUCCCAGUGAGACUAGUGUGCUGAAUCGCCUUUGUCGCCUUGGCACAGACUAUAUCCGCUUUACAGAGUUCAUUGAACAAUAUACAGGUCAUGUGCAACAGCAGGAUCACCAUCAAUCCCAGCCAGGCCAAAGUGGAUUACAUGGAAUUUAUUUGCGGGCCUUUUGCACAGGUCUGGACUCAAUCCUGCAACCAUAUCGCCAAGCACUGCUUGACUUGGAACAAGAGUUCCUUGCUGACCCUCAUCUUUCCAUAUCACAUGUCAAUUACUCCUUGGAUCAGUUCCAGCUUCUUUUUCCCUCAGUAAUGGUUGUUGUUGAACAGAUUAAGAGUCAAAAGAUUCAUGGUUGUCAGAUCUUGGAAACAGUCUACAAAUACAGCUGUGGAGGUCUGCCUCCUGUACGUAGUGCAUUAGAAAAAAUUUUGGCUGUGUGCCAUGGGGUCAUGUACAAACAGCUUUCUGCCUGGAUGCUACAUGGCCUGCUCUUGGACCAACAUGAAGAGUUCUUUAUUAAACAGGGUCCAUCUUCUGGUCUUGUCUCCACUCAGUUGGAAGAGGAAGAAGAGGACCUGGGUAUUGGAGGCCUGACCGGGAAGCAAUUACGAGAACUUCAGGAUCUGCGACUGAUUGAGGAAGAGAAUAUGCUUGCUCCUUCUCUGAAGCAGUUUUCCCUUCGAGUGGAGAUACUUCCUUCCUAUAUUCCAGUGAGGGUCGCUGAAAAAAUCCUGUUUGUAGGAGAGUCUGUACAGAUGUUUGAGAAUCAAAAUGUCAAUCUGACCAGAAAAGGAUCUAUUUUAAAGAAUCAAGAAGAUACCUUUGCUGCAGAGCUGCAUCGCCUCAAGCAGCAACCUCUUUUCAGCCUUGUGGAUUUUGAACUGGUGGUGGACCGGAUACGCAGCACUGUUGCUGAGCAUCUGUGGAAGCUCAUGGUAGAAGAGUCAGAUUUACUGGGUCAAUUAAAGAUCAUUAAAGACUUUUACCUUCUGGGACGAGGAGAACUAUUCCAGGCCUUCAUUGACACAGCCCAGCAUAUGUUAAAGACACCACCCACUGCAGUAACUGAGCAUGAUGUUAAUGUGGCCUUCCAGCAGUCUGCCCACAAGGUAUUGUUAGAUGAUGACAACCUUCUCCCUCUGCUCCAUUUGACAAUUGAGUACCAUGGAAAGGAACAUAAAGAUGUCACUCAAGCACGAGAAGCACCUUCUCGAGACACCUCUCCCCGAGAAGCCCCUGCAUCAGGCUGGGCAGCCUUGGGUCUUUCCUACAAAGUGCAGUGGCCUCUCCAUAUUCUCUUCACUCCUGCUGUCCUAGAGAAGUACAAUGUUGUCUUCAAGUACUUACUCAGCGUGCGACGAGUGCAGGCAGAAUUGCAGCACUGCUGGGCUCUCCAGAUGCAGCGCAAGCAUCUCAAGUCCAACCAGAGUGACGCCAUUAAGUGGCGCCUGCGGAACCACAUGGCCUUCUUGGUGGAUAAUCUUCAAUAUUAUCUCCAGGUAGAUGUGCUGGAGUCCCAGUUCUCCCAGCUCCUCCAUCAGAUUAACUCCACUAGGGAUUUUGAGAGCAUCCAGUUGGCUCAUGAUCACUUCCUGAGCAACUUGCUGGCUCAGUCCUUCAUCUUGCUGAAACCUGUGUUCCACUGCCUGAAUGAAAUCCUAGAUCUCUGUCAUAGUUUCUGUUCACUGGUCAGUCAAAAUCUAGGACCUCUAGAUGAGCGCGGGGCUGCCCAGCUGAGUAUCCUAGUAAAGGGUUUUAGCCGACAGUCUUCACUCCUCUUUAAGAUUCUUUCCAGUGUCCGGAAUCAUCAGAUAAACUCAGACUUGGCUCAACUACUACUACGACUGGACUACAACAAGUAUUAUACUCAAGCUGGUGGGACUCUGGGCAGUUUUGGGGUAUAAUCCUGUUGCUGAGCUGAAGUUGCAUUCAAGAACUGAAUUCAGGAACUGUGUUGGCAACAUGGCAGUUUUCAUCCCUCCAGCCUGGUGAUCUUUUCCGUUGCUGAGGGGUUCAUGGAAACAUUCUCUUCUACUUGGAUAACUAAGAAAUUCUUUAUUUCCUCUUCAAGAAUGGCUACAGUUUAAUCCACUCCUUUUUGUCAUGGAGCCAUUAACUUUGUACAAAGGACAUCAUUUGUCACCAUUUUGAAAAUGUUAAGCUAUCAUACACAUCCAAACAAAAGCAAAUUUUCUUCUGGCCUCUAGAAAAGUUUAUUAAUCUUCCUUUUAGGAGUUUGGUGGUAAAAGCAUGACUUAGUAUUAGUCAGAUGACCAUGCCUGAACAUGUAGCAGUUCUGCUAUAGAUAUAUUUUGAACAAUCAUUGUAAUGUACCAGAAAUAGAAAUCUGCCUGACACACAAAUUUGGAAAGGGGAUUUUUUGCAUAUAUUAAAUUUAAUUUAUAAUCAUUCUUCCUUAUUCAGAGUUUUUCCACCAUCCUUGAAGAAACUAAAUAUCUUAUAAUCUGUGAAUCAAAAGGAAUUUGUCAACAAGUCCCAACUAUCUCAGCUUAAACUUUGAGUAGGUUGGCUGGGUCAGUAGUACAGGAUUUAAGAUGCAUGGAGGGUUUUGGGACAGAAAAAAAAUCCCAUGAAAAAAUUUUAGCCCUAAAAGCAUAUUAAUAUUUUAAAUCACAAACACCACACCCAACUAACUAUAUUAGUACUUUACUAAAGUAGAAGCAUUUUAUUUGGGGGGGGAAGGGGUAGAGAAGAGCAGUAUCCUGUAGGGAGACCUCCCCCUUCCCCCCAUUUAGAUUUGCAACCAAUCUGCAGUAUAUUAGUCUUAGAGAAACCUGGGCCACCCAAGAAGUUAAGUGACUUGUCCACACUUCUGGAAACAAUGUAUGUGGCAGGUAGAGCUUAAACCUAACUCUUUAUAACACCAUAAGAAUAAAUAGUUAUUAAAUCCUUACUACUAAUUACUGUACUGUUUUUUGUGUAUAGCAUAUAAAAAACCUUACUUGAUUCUUUGUCCCUAGAAAAUUUACCUAGACCCUAGUGCCAUCACUUGAUGUUCUAAUAUUCUCUUAUAUUUUCUUUAAUUAACUAGUCAUUUAGUAGGGACUUCCCAAUGUUGUAUCCUAGAAAACAAGAGCAAAGAGGAGAUAUUCAAUUAUCUCCUAGAGAUGGAUGGAGGUAGUCUUUCCUGCUACUACAGACUGCAAAGGGACUAACUGGUUU